AUGUUCGCAGGUACGGCCUGCUUGUUGCCCUUUCUGACGGUGCACAUGCGUCAGCUUGGACUGAGCGUGGAGGAGACCGCCAUCAUCUACAGCAUCGUGCCGUUCGCUCAGCUUCUGGGACCCUACGCGGCCACCUUCCUGGGAGACAAGUACGGCAGUUACAAGUGUGCGCUGCUGGGUUGCCUGAUGCUGACCGCGCUGUCCGGCACCAGCCUGCUGCUGGUACCACAGGCCCUGGGUCCCCCCGUGCCACCGCCGGCAAUACACUUGCACUGUGGCCCGUCGCUUCAGCUCGAGGUGGUGGUGGACCACUGCGGUGACGAGCACGGAGCGUGUCCCGAGCCGUCGCCGGGACUAGCGCUGCCCGUGCUUCUAUCGGACUGUCGUCCCGAAUGUCCAGACAACGAGUGGCUUCACGCUAUCGACGAGACGGGCAUCUGCUUCACGGACGACUACGGCAACAAGGAGUGCCACGUGGUGAGCGAGAAUGACACGCUGGCGCGCAGCACAUCUCUCGGCCUCUACCUGGAGCCUGCCCGGGAUCCCGACCUUCUCUGCCUGCACCCGGUGACGGCCAUCACGUGGGAGAGCAGGGUUUUCCACAACGUGUCCUGUCUGAAGCAUCUUCCUGACCAGGACCACACUAACUGCUCGCUCAAGUGUACCGUCGAGGACACCGAAGAAGUGGACGCCGUGUCAGCCGCCGAUUUUUGGCACGCUGAAUGCACGCCGCCCGAAGGCAGUGACCGCCGCAUCACCAUCUCCGUUUACUUCGUGCUGCGGAUCAUAUUUCAGGUGCUCGUCUCCAUAUGUUUCACUCUCCUGGACGCCACGACUGUGUCGAUGGUGCACGCGCACGAAGGACGCUUUGCAUGGCAGCGCUUCUGGGCCAUCGUGGGCUCUGUCUUCUGCGCCCCGCUCUCGGGAUUCUUCAUCGACCUGAGCAGCGAGCAUGUGAUGACGGGUUUUGACUACUCGCCCGCUUUCUACAUGUUCAACGUGUUUACUGUGCUCACGGCAAUCUUUACGUAUGUACUAGAAAUACAAGUGGCCACUCCCGGUAGGAACGUCUUCUACAAGGCCCGGAGACUGAUGAAGCAGCCGCCAUUCCUGAGCCUCUUCUUGUUUGUGCUCUGCCUCGGAAGCGUGUACGGCUUUCUCGAGUACUUUCUGUUUUGGUACCUGCUCGAUCUCGGUGCGGCCAACUACCUUCUUGGGCUGACCAUAUCUGUCGGUGGGUUCGCUGGCUUCUUGUUUCUCUAUGAAACCAAGUGGUUUAUGGACAAGCUGGGCGUCGUGAAUAUCAUCGCCCUUUCCGGUCUGGUCUACUGCGCCAGGUUGGUGGGCUACUCGUACAUCGGCCAACAUCCCCUGUGGUGCAUUCCCCUGGAAGGACUCGAGGCCAUGACGUUCCACCUUCUGUGGGUGGCCAUCGGCACCUAUGGCACGCACAUUGCGCCCAGGGGACUCAAGCCAACCGUGCAGAGCUGCGUCGGUGGCAUUUACUUCGGCCUCGGU